ACACUUGUAACCUCACAGCUCUUCUAGGUUUACGUAGACCAGGUUCAGUCUUGGGAAAGAGGCGAGAGUUGUACCCAAAUCCUAUUUCUGUCUCAUUUUGUCCCCACCAAGAUUUUCCUCUGGAAGCCCCAGAAGAUAAGACUCCACUGAUACAGAAUCCAUGACAUCAGUGGAAUGUGUUGCUGUUGCUUUGGGCCUCCUGGGGGAAAUGGAGUGGGUGAGAACACUCACAACCAAGGCCCAGCUUGGACUGAUCUGGGGGGAGAUAAAGGAAGCUCUGCAGCCACUGGGGUGCUCCCAAUGUGGCUGCAGUUGCCCCCGGAGUCCCGGGAACCUGUUGAUUCUUCUGCUGUUCCUGAUUUGGCAGUUUCGGAGAAAGCAUCACCGAUGGCUCCCAACCCAGCAGGAUGAGAGUCACAGCACGGUUCUCCCAUUUCUCUUCCCUACCUCCCCUAACUUCCCAGAGAGAGCUCCAAGUUGGCAGCCCCAGAGCUGGAAAGGAGCUCUGUUCCACAAAGAGGAAGAGGAGCAGGAGGAGGAGGAGGAGGAGGAUGAAGAAGAGAAAGAGGAGGAUUUGUUGAGACAGAUGAGGCUAGACCCUCAGUGGUAUUUCCACUCUAGGAAUCUGGAGGUUGAGCAGAAGGCCUCUUUCUUCCAAACAGAGGCCUUAGGGACACUGAAUGAAGAGGUGGGGAACCUACACCCUUCCUUCUUGGGUCCCCAUGGAGCAUACCAGCCCUUUGUGGGUUCCAAAGAAUUCCCAGUCAAAGCAGUGAUACCAGAGCCGGCACCCAACUCUCAUUACCUCCACAGCCCUACUGGCCUAAUCCAGGCCCCCAACUCCCUUUGUCCCUUGUCUGCUUCAAGUGCCAAGGCAAAAGGGAGCAUCCAGCUCUUCUGCGGUCUCCCUUCUCUUCACAGUGAGUCUUUGGGGGUCACUUUCCCAAAGUCCAGUUGCACCUUUCCCACUGGGACCACUAACCAACAGCCACCUUCGGACACUCCCCUUGUCUUCUUCAAUGAGCUUUCUUACCUCCCCCUGCCCAAUCUAUUUUAUAAAACUAUGUCCCUUCCUCCCCCAUACCUGCCCUCAAUCUCUCCCCUCCCUGUCUUGCAUGGAAACUGUGAGACUACAGAAAUGGCAUCCCCUGAGCUCCCAAAUCAACCAGAAGUCCCACGGUCAGCCUCCGAAUGCCGAGACCCAGUCCUAGAUCCAUUGCUACCUUUACUUUCUCCCCCACAUUCCCUGGUGAAGCCUCAAGAAGUUGAUCCUGCGGAAGUCACAAAAGUGGUGGCAUCACAUGAACAUGAGGUCCUUGGGCCUCAGGAUAUGCCACAGAGCGAACUACCCUGGCCCCCUGAAUCUCCAGCCCAGACCCUCGGGCCACCCUCAGUCCUCCUUCCUGAGCCCCAAAGUCCAGUGGAAGAUCCCAAAGUGAUAGUCUCUGAGGCCCUAUUGGGGGACCAAUGGCAGGCCCAGUUUCCCCAGGACCCUGACCCCUCAGCCCCAACCUGCAAUGCUUCCGCAUCACAUCUGCUUAAGCCUCAGGGAGCUGGCCUCAUAGGAGCCUGGAGUGAGACUGCCCCUGUGACUCUGCAUGGGCCCAAGGCCUCAUGCAAUAACUCCCAGAAAAGUGAACUUCCCCAGGUUGCUGGGUCUCCAGCCUCGUGCCUCGACCUGCACACCCUACCUGAGCCCCAAAGAACUGGCCUUAUUGAAAAUCCCCUUAUGAUUCUUCAUGUACCUGAGUUCCCAUGGUAUAACAUGCAAGACAAAGAUCCUCCCUGGCCUGCAGAGCCUCCAGCCCCAGUGCUUAACAUGAACUCCCAGAGUGAGCUGCAAGGAGCCAGCUCCAUAGAAGUCCCAAAAGGGACAGGCCCAAGUUGGGACAGAAUGCAGACCCAACCUCCUUGGACCUCAGUCCUGUCUUCAUUACCCCAGGUUGAACCCCAAGGAGACAACUCUGAGGAAAGUCCUGUCCCUUUAGCUAGUCCAGACCUCCCAGGAUGGGGAGUCCAGCAAAUAUAUCAGCCCUGUGCCCUAAGGCAUAAUACCCCUCCCCUAGAGCCACCAUCCCACACCUGGCCUACCACUUUGAGGGUGCCAGCUGGAACUCAAGAGGAUGAGCAUGACUCACCAGGAUCCCUCACCGGAGAUAUACUCCCAAUGUCCAGGAUAGUGACCUCCAUGCCCCAGGACGAAGGAGCAACAGGAGAAGCACCUCUUCAUACCCAGGGGACUCUGGGCCCUGAGACUGAAGGCUGCCCCUGGAACAAAGAACCCAGAAUCCAGCUUGAGAAAUGCCAGUAUAACCCUGAUCCCCAUUCCCUAGCUUCCAGCCCCCCAUUCCCCGGUCUAUUUUUUCCUAGGACUCCCAUUCAACAUAACCUCUGUCCCCUGGCUACCCCCUUCUGCUCCACAACUUGUCAGAUUCCAGCUCCCAAUCCUACCUGCCAAGGGUCUGUGGGAGCCCAUGUCCAAGCAAAGAAGGCUAUGUCUCAAGAUGUUCGGCCCCUACAUUGCCAUCCUCCUGCCGCUUCUCAGCCAUGGCUACAGGAGCUUGUUAGAGAUGGGCAGGGCCCUUCCAGGGAGGGGAGAGAAGUCCCCUUGAUGCCUCCCCAGACUUUUGAUAUUCAGACCACCAAGGUCCCAGAGCCCCAGUCCCUGAGUCAGUACAAGAACAUGGCAGCUGCUAAAAGGCCAUGUGUACACGGGAGGGCCAGACGAGGGGGGUCUGAGAAGUCAGAGCCCCCAGCUCCAGACAAGAGUCAGGCCAAGGCCACAGUCCCAAGCCGGAAGAGAGAACACUUUAGGAAACCCAAAGCUGGAGACCAGGGUUGGGGGGAUGGAGGAGGGGGAGCAUCCCCAUCCAAACCAAAGAGUCACUCCUCAGAGGCCAAGAAACUUAUAAGACACCCUCCUGCAAGAAGGUACUUGGCGUCACCACAUCAGGGGAGCAGGAAUCUUUGUCAGACUGCUUCCCGCCCCCAGCUACCCCAGCCUUCUACUAAGGCUGAGACUUCCCAAGUUCUGCCCUCACAGGGCUCUUCAAAGGGUCAGAGAGUGGGUGGUGGUGACAGCUCAGACUCCCGACACCAGCAGAACCACUCCCAAGGGGGCCGGGGUCCCCAGAGGGAAGCAGGGAAAGGGAGCUUCUCUAGUUCCUCUGGCCCAGCCAAGAAAGGCCUACAGGAGUUUCUGGGAGGGCUUCUAAACAGACUGAGAUAUAGCCAAAGAACUCAGUCAGUACAGUGUCUACAGAUGGCAACGAAAAUAGCCCAAGGUUCUAGGUCCGGCCAGGCCCUGCGUCUGACACCCCAAUAAAGAGACAGAGAUCUUCUGCAACUUGAGUGCUGCUGCUGCUUUGUAGACCAACUCUAGGGAUCAGAGCAGAAGAGAAAGGAUUGACUCUGUUAGCCAUUUGGGUUGUGAUCUUUCCAUUCAAAAGCUUAUUUUCUUUGGCUUAGAAAACAAAUGCAAACUUAAUUGUUUUG